CACAAGUUCAGAACAACCCAGAAUCUUGAAUCUGAUACCCCAUUAGUGUUGUGAGACCACCAUUGGUGAUGUUCUUCUAUACCUUCACAUAAACACUCUCUCUUUAGUUGUAGUCAAGAAAGAAGAAGUAAAAAUGGCUUCAGGAAGCAGAGCAACACAUAACAAUCAUCAGCAUGCUCAAUCUCAAGCCAAAGCUCAGUCUUCAGGUACAAUUAAUGUCAAUAGAGACUCAGUUAGUAAAGCCAUUGCACAGUAUACUGUUGAUGCUCGUUUACAUGCUGUCUUCGAAGAGUCCGGCGAGUCCGGUAAGUCCUUUGAUUAUUCACAAUCUGUUAGGACAACCACACAAUCUGUACCUGAACAACAAAUCACUGCUUAUUUAUCAAGAAUUCAAAGAGGGGGUCAUAUACAACCCUUUGGUUGCAUGAUUGCUGUGGAUGAAAUUACUUUUCGGGUCAUUGCUUUCAGCGAAAACUCAAGAGAUAUGCUUGGUCUCACCCCUCAAUCUGUCCCGAGUCUCGAAAAACCCGAAAUCCUCACAAUUGGGACUGAUGUCAGGACCCUUUUUACCCCUUCGAGCGCUGUUUUGCUGGCAAGGGCGUUUGGGGCUCGCGAAAUCACCCUGUUGAACCCAGUUUGGAUUCAUUCGAAGAAUUCGGGUAAACCCUUUUAUGCAAUUUUGCAUAGGAUUGAUGUGGGGAUUGUAAUUGACUUGGAGCCGGCUAGGACAGAGGACCCUGCUCUGUCUAUUGCCGGGGCUGUGCAGUCCCAGAAGCUUGCGGUAAGGGCAAUUUCACGUUUGCAGUCACUUCCUGGUGGGGACAUUAAGCUUUUGUGUGAUACUGUGGUUGAAAAUGUGAGGGAACUUACUGGCUAUGACCGUGUUAUGGUGUAUAAGUUUCAUGAGGAUGAGCAUGGUGAGGUUGUGGCUGAGAGCAAGAGACCAGAUUUGGACCCUUAUAUUGGGUUACAUUAUCCUGCAACUGAUAUACCUCAGGCUUCGAGAUUUUUGUUUAAGCAGAAUAGGGUUAGGAUGAUUGUGGAUUGUCAUGCCACUCCGGUUGGUGUUAUUCAGGAUGAAGCACUUAUGCAGUCUCUAUGUUUAGUUGGUUCUACACUUCGGGCUCCUCAUGGUUGUCAUGCCCAGUACAUGGCCAAUAUGGGGUCGAUUGCCUCGUUAGGCUUGGCAGUUAUCAUUAAUGGAAAUGAUGAGGAAGCUAAUGGGGGACGAAACUCUAUGAGGCUGUGGGGCUUGGUAGUUUGUCAUCACACUUCUGCCCGGUGCAUUCCAUUCCCACUUCGUUAUGCUUGUGAAUUUUUAAUGCAGGCAUUUGGGCUCCAAUUGAACAUGGAGUUGCAACUGGCAUUGCAAUUGUCGGAGAAGCAUGUCUUAAGGACCCAAACUCUGUUGUGCGACAUGCUCCUUCGAGAUUCCCCAACUGGGAUUGUAACUCAAAGCCCCAGUAUCAUGGACCUUGUGAAGUGUGAUGGGGCUGCACUCUACUACCAAGGGAAGUACUAUCCACUAGGUGUGGCACCGACUGAAGCCCAGAUAAAGGAUAUCGUGCAGUGGUUGUUGGCUUUCCAUGGUGAUUCAACAGGUUUGAGCACUGACAGUUUGGCUGAUGCCGGGUAUCCUGGAGCAGCCUCACUUGGUGAUGAAGUUUGUGGGAUGGCUGUUGGUUAUAUCACUUCAAAAGACUUUCUAUUCUGGUUCCGGUCUCACACAGCUAAGGAGAUCAAGUGGGGUGGUGCAAAGCAUCAUCCAGAGGACAAAGAUGAUGGGCAGAGGAUGCAUCCGCGCUCUUCAUUUAAGGCAUUUUUGGAAGUGGUUAAGAGUAGGAGUUUACCAUGGGAGAACGCAGAAAUGGAUGCAAUCCACUCUUUACAGCUUAUUCUACGAGACUCAUUUAGGGAAUCUGAGGGAAUCAAUUCAAAUGCUGUUAUACAUGCUGAGUUUGGGGAUAUGGAGUUGCAAGGGAUAGAUGAGCUCAGCUCUGUUGCAAGAGAAAUGGUUAGGUUAAUAGAGACAGCAACAGCUCCCAUAUUUGCCGUUGAUGUUGAGGGCUGCAUUAACGGGUGGAAUGCGAAGGUUGCAGAGUUGACUGGCUUAUCAGUUGAGGAAGCUAUGGGGAAGUCCUUGGUUCAUGAACUUGUUCAUAAGGAAUCAGAAGAAACCACUGACAAGCUUCUAGAUCACGCUUUAAGAGGUGAAGAAGACAAGAAUAUAGAAUUAAAAUUGAGGACAUUUGGCUCGGAACAACUUAAGAAGGCUGUCUUUGUGGUGGUCAAUGCUUGUUCUAGCAAGGACUACACAGAUAAUAUUGUUGGUGUGUGCUUUGUUGGUCAGGAUGUUACUGGUCAGAAAGUGGUGAUGGAUAAAUUCAUCCACAUCCAAGGUGAUUACAAGGCUAUUGUACAUAGUCCCAAUCCUCUGAUCCCACCUAUAUUUGCUUCAGAUGAGAACACGUGUUGCUCUGAGUGGAACACCGCCAUGGAAAAGCUCACUGGGUGGAGCAGAGGGGACAUUAUUGGGAAGAUGUUGGUUGGGGAGAUUUUUGGCAGUUGCUGUCGACUCAAAGGCCCGGAUGCUUUGACAAAAUUCAUGAUUGUGUUGCAUAAUGCAAUUGGAGGAGAGGAUACGGACAAGUUUCCAUUUUCCUUCUUCGAUCAAAGUGGAAAAUAUGUGCAAGCUCUCUUGACUGCAAAUAAAAGGGUUAACAUGGACGGUCAGGUUAUAGGAGCCUUCUGCUUCUUGCAGAUUGCGAGUCCUGAAUUGCAGCAAGCUAUGAAAGUCCAGAGGCAACAAGAAAAGAAAUGCCAUUCGAGGAUGAAAGAAUUGGCUUACAUUUGCCAAGAAAUUAAAAAUCCGUUAAAUGGCAUACGGUUUACUAAUUCACUUUUGGAAGCUACAGAGUUAACAGAAGAUCAAAAGCAGUUUCUUGAGACAAGUGCUGCUUGUGAGAAGCAAAUGUUGAAGAUUAUAAAGGACAUCGAUCUGGAAAGCAUAGACGAUGGUUCAUUGGAACUUGAGAAAGCUGAGUUCUUACUUGGGAGUGUCAUAGAUGCUGUCGUUAGCCAAGUAAUGUCAUUGCUGAGGGAAAGAGGUCUACAAUUGAUCAGGGAUAUUCCAGAGGAAAUCAAAACACUGGCUGUUUAUGGUGAUCAAGUAAGGGUUCAACAAGUAUUGGCAGAUUUCUUAUUAAAUAUGGUGCAUUAUGCACCAACCCCUGAAGGUUGGGUAGAAAUUCACGUUCGACCAAGUUUGAAGCAAAUUUCUGAUGGAAUCACCAGUGUGCAUAUUGAAUUUAGAUGGAAAGAAAGAGCUUUGCCUUCUAGAUACAAGGCUAUGGCAAGCAACCCUAAGGACUUGAUUCAGCGUCAUAUCAUGGCAACAUCAGAAUAUCCGAAAGGGAGAACAUUAAAAGCAAGUUUUUAG